AUGAAGUACCACACUGCUCAGAUCCUGGCUCUUACCAGCAUCGUCUCUGCUCUUCCUCACCCUCAACGCUAUGGCGGCGGCUCAGGUGUUCAGCCAUCUGCCCCAUUGACAACUGCUCCUGCUAGCAGCGGCCCUACCUACGACGACCUGCCAGCCUCUGGUUCUACUCCUCCUGCUGGAGGCCGUCCCGGAGGCUCUGGUGGAGGUGCCAAGGGCGGACUUGGUGGCCUAGUUGGCGGCGGUGCUAACGGCGGAGCUGGCAUUGGUGGACUCGUU